AUGGUCGACGCCGAGCACGGCAACAUAGAUGAUUCUGCAAUGCACGAGGCGGUUCCGGCCAUUGCUAGCCUCGGGGUAUCUCCAAUCGUCCGGACACCAGACUUCCAGCCGUGGAUGGUAAAGCGGGCGCUCGACAGUGGUGCCCAUGGAAUACUGGUGCCCCUAAUCCGGACAGUUGAGGAGGUAGAAAGAUUCGUAGCUUCAGCCAAAUUCCCACCGCAGGGACAGCGCGGCUUUGGCUCGCCCAUCGCUAUGCAGACUUUCCAUCCCGAGCCGACGUUCACGGAAUAUCUGCAACAAGCCAACGAGAGCAUUCUAACCAUGGUCCAGAUUGAGACAAAGGAAGCGCUCGAGUCGGUCGACCAGAUAGCAACGCUUGUUGACGUAGUAUUCGUCGGACCGUUUGACCUCGGCAACAGCAUUGGCCAUCCGAUAACCAACGGCGAAAUAGGCCAGGUGCUAGACGAUGCCAUUACAAAGGUCUUGAACGCCGCUGUAGCUGCCGGGAAGAAAUCCGGCAUUUUUUGUACUAGCGGAGAGCAGGCCAAGCACUAUGCCGAUGCGGGAUUUCACAUGGUCAGCGUGGCAACUGAUUAUACGGCCCUGGCAGCUACCGUGGUUCGAGCAUUGGCAGUAGCUAGAGAUGUAGAUGAGAUCUGCCGCUACCACCCCGGUCCCCCGGUUUUCCAUGAGGGCCAGAAAGGAUGGAAGUGCUGCAAGCCGCGAGUUCUCACCUUUGAGGAGUUCAUGGCCAUAGAGCCCUGCACCGAGGGCAAGCACAGCACAACCGACUUGCCGCCAAAAAUCGAAAAGAAAGAGGCCGACCCCGCGUCCGCGCCCGUGCCGGCUGUUGGGGAUUCUGCGAAUCCUCCUCCUCCCCGUGCUCCCAGCUCUGUGGCCCAGGCUGUCCCCCCGACGCCCCCGCCGGUUUUGGACUCGGAGGAUGACGAGGAGAACAUCGACAUCGCCGACGGCCGCGUCUGCAGGCGGAGGGGCUGUGGUGCGUCGUACCAAAGGGGGGCCAGCCGGGAAGGGGAGAAGUGUGUGCAUCAUCCCGGCGCCCCAAUAUUCCACGAGGGCAGCAAGGGCUACAGCUGCUGCAAGCGGCGCGUCCUAGAGUUUGACCAGUUUAUGAAGAUCGAGGGGUGCAAGACAAAGACCCGGCACUUGUUUGUAGGUAGCGGCAAGAAGGACACGGCGGAUCAAGACAAGAAAGAUGCGGCUGCCUCUGCAGGCGAGGAGGUGCUGGAGACUGUCAGAAACGACUUCUACCAAACUCCGACGUCAGUGAUUGCGUCGUUCUUUUUGAAGAAAAUAAACAAGGACACGGCUAAGGUGGAGUUUCGGGAGCAGCAGCUGGACCUGGACCUUCCGACCACUGACACCCCGUUGCCUAAACGCUACAAGGCCGAGGUGCCGCUUUUCGCGCCCAUAGACGUGGUCAAGUCGUCGUUCAAAGUGUUGGGCACCAAGCUCGAGGUGGCACUGGUCAAGGCUGACGGCAGCUCUUGGCCGGUAUUGCGGAGCGAUGAUCGGUUAACGGGCGAAAUACUGCAAGUUGGCCGAGCCGGGAGGGUCCAGUAG